GUUAGUUAAAUCAAUAAACCAUAACGUAACACUAACUGUCACAUUAAAAUAACCGCGUUUCAAAAUGUAAACAUAGCUUAUUUGACACAUAAAUAUUAAACCGUCGUUGUUUUAAAAGUUUUACUUUUAUUGUAUUAAAUAUAUCUUCAAGUUACAAAUAGAAUCUAUAAAAUCCUCCUUCGUGAAAAACUGCGCCAUGGAAACCUCACGAAAAAGACGGCGCGAUGCGGAACCAAUGGAGGUAGAUGAACCACCGAACGGAGAAGCCCAUGGCAGCGACAAUAAUCCAUUAAACGAUGAAAUAGGCCAUAUAUCUGAUGACGAAGAAGGUGGAGUGCGUAUAGGCGACAUUUACAUCCCUCCGGCGCCGAAACCCGCGCUAACUUUCGACUGUACAGGACCGCGCCUAAUUAUCACUCAUAUUGUGAACGAAAAUUUUAAAAGCUACGCUGGUAUUCAGACUCUAGGACCUUUUCAUAAGAGCUUCACUGCAAUUAUAGGUCCAAAUGGCAGCGGAAAGAGCAACGUAAUAGACUCAAUGUUGUUCGUAUUUGGAUACAGAGCAACAAAGAUCCGUUCUAAGAAGAUCUCCGUGUUGCUGCAUUCUUCAAGCAAACAUCCAAAUAUCACAAGCGCUACCGUCGCUGUACAUUUCUGCCAAAUCAUCGAUGGGGAAGGAGAAGAAUUUACUGUGGUGCCGAACACUGAGAUAGUGGUAUCGCGUACGGCAUUCAAGGAUAAUUCAUCAUAUUACACAUUGAAUAACAAAAAGGUGCAGUUCAAAGAAGUGGCCAAAAUGCUGCGAUCCCACGGUAUUGAUUUGGAUCAUAAUAGGUUCCUUAUUCUGCAGGGAGAAGUCGAACAAAUUGCUAUGAUGAAACCGAAGGCGCAAACAGAGCAUGAAUCUGGCAUGUUGGAGUAUUUAGAGGACAUCAUCGGCACGUCUCGGUACAAGGUACCCAUAGAAAAGUUAUCAAUAAAAGUGGAAGAAUACACGGAGAUGCGCAAAGAGAAGCUAAACAGGGUCCGUCUGGUGGAACAAGAGAAACAGAGAUUGGAGCAGCCAAUGAGAGAGGCGGUGGAGCAGAUGAAUCUCACCAACGCAACUCUCAGAACUAGGAAUAUGUUGCUACAGAAGUACAUUCAUGAAACUAACAAAAUAAUAGAAGCCAAGGAGAAAGAAAUGAACGAAUUGAAAGAAACACUCGCAAAAAUAGAUGAAGUAUUGAAUAAAAUUAAAGAAGAUUUACAUGAAAAAACUACAGUACUCAAUAAUGGUACACAGAAAUAUGACAAACUGCAAAAACAGAAAGAAGAAGUGGCAGAGAAAUUGCAGAGUUGUAAGAAAAAAUUGGUCACAAUCCAAGCGGACACGACGCAGUCCAACAAAAAGAAGAAAAAUCUGGAACAACUGAUUGAACAGGAGAAAGGGAAACUCAUUGAACUGGAAUUGGUACCAGACAAAAACAAGCGCGAGAUAGAAGACUGUGAGAAGUUAUUGGUAAAGCACGAAGAGAGUAAGAAGAAUGCUGAGGAAGAACUGCAGAGUGUUGUGGCGGGUGUCAGAGCAAAAACUCAAGGGUUACAAGAAACAAAAGAUAAGUUACAAUCUAAACUAAUGGAGCUGAAAAAGAUUGUAGACGAAACCAAUAAAAAUUACAAAUUGGCCGAAUCUGAAUUGAAGAUUUACUUGAGUACUGAACAAAAGGAAGCUGAGAAAUUGGAGAAACUAAAGGAGGCUUAUGCAAAGGCUGUCAGUGAUUUGGAAGAGAAGAAAAUCUUACAGCAGGAGUUAGUAGCGUCGGUGCCGUCCAACGACAAGUUAAUGAAUGAACUGCGGUCACAGCUGCACGCGUUGAAGAAGGAAGAGUCUAGCAUAUGCAACGAGGCCAGGGUUUUGAGAGCUCAAUUAGAAGAGUCGAAGCAGGCAAUGAGUGCAAAUAAAUCCAGGGGCAGAGUGCUGGACGCUCUAAUGAGGGAGAAGAGGAAUGGCAAGAUACCUGGCAUAUUUGGAAGAUUGGGCGACCUCGGCGGCAUCGACCGUAAGUACGACGUCGCCAUAUCGACAUGUUGCGGCGCGUUGGACAACAUCGUGGUGGACUCGGUGGACACUGCGCAGGCCUGCGUGGAGUUCCUCAAGCGGCAUGACGUCGGCCGCGCCACCUUCAUAGCACUCGACAAACAGCAGCAUCUCUUGCAGCAUAUACAGAGGAGGAGCAGCUUUCCAGAAAACGCGCCCCGCCUCUUCGAUCUGGUCAAAGUGAAGGACGAGCGUGUGCUGCCCGCGUUCUACUACGCGUUGAGGGACACGCUGGUCGCUAACGACCUGGAGCAGGCGACCAGGAUCGCGUACGGCGCUACCAGGUACCGCGUGGUCACACUGAACGGUGACGUCAUAGAGAUUGCUGGCACGAUGUCGGGCGGCGGCCGCAGCACGCUGCGCGGGCGCAUGUCGAGCGCCGCCGCCGACACCUGCGACCUCGAGCCCGAGCAGCUGCGCGCCAGCGAGGACAGGCUCGCACAGCUCGACACCAGGCUAACAGAGAUCCGAAGUGAAGAGUCGAGUCUAGAAGAUUCUCUAGCGUCACUGCAAAGGACUACACACGAAGGCAAGACGAGACUGAACAAAUUAGACGUCGAGUUAAAGAAUUUAACUGAACAAGUGCCCGUUUUGAAGGGCCAAAUAAAGCAGCAAGAGGCCAGAGCGGCGUCGAGUAAGGUCGACGCGAGACACAAGGCUAAGUUGGAGGACACGCUGAAGGCGUCCGAGGAGAAAUUGAACAAGGCGAAGCAUGAUGCUGGGGAGGUGGAAAACGAAGUGAGCGGAGUGGACGCCCAGAUAUCGGCCAUAGCCGGCGACAAAGUCAAAGACCUGCAGAAAAAAGUCGAUGAAAUAGCCAAAAAGAUCGACAAAGUGUCCACCGAGAUCACCAAACUGAAAGUCGCAAUCAACACAAGUGUGAGGAACGCAAAAAAAUCCAAAGACAAAAUAAACCAAAUGGAGUCGGAUUUGAAGGAAACCGAGAAGAAUUUGGAGAAUUACAGUAAUCAGAAAAAACAGUUAACGUUGGAAAGUUCUCAGCAUCAAAAGGAAUUGGAAGAGUUAGAAGAGCAAAUUAGCGAAGGCGUGGGUGAAUUCUCCGACUUAAAGAAGGAAAUAGCGCAAUUACAAAGCAAAGAGAACAAAGUGAAAAGCGAACGCUUGGAGGCCAACAACGCGGUCGGUAAGAUGGAGAAAUCCGUUGACGAUUGCAAGAGCAAGCCGCCAAAGUGGGAGAGAGAGCUACAAACCUUAAAACUAGAAGACCCUGGACUAGAAGGUAUCCCUGGUAUCGAAAGACCGGCGCCUCUGGACACGCACACGCCGGAGGAACUCGAGGAGGCGUCUGUAGAAGACCUGAGGAACAAGCUGGCCGCUCAGAAAGCCCGGCUAGGCGAUGCGAAGCCUAACAUACAGGCUAUACAGGAUUACAAAACGAAAGAGGAGCUGUAUCUAAAGCGAGCGGCUGAGUUGGAUGAGAUAACGACAAAACGAAAUGAUAUGAGAGCGCUCUACGACCAGCUCCGGAAGAAACGCACCACCGACUUCUUAUGCGGUUUUAACACGAUAACGGCUAAACUGAAGGAAAUGUAUCAAAUGAUAACGUUAGGAGGUGACGCGGAGUUAGAACUAGUUGAUUCUUUGGAUCCGUUCAGUGAAGGAAUUAUAUUUAGUGUUCGACCUCCAAAUAAAUCGUGGAAGAACAUAUCUAAUUUGUCCGGGGGAGAGAAGACGCUGUCGUCGCUGGCUCUGGUGUUCGCGCUGCACUACUACAAGCCGACGCCUCUGUACGUCAUGGACGAGAUAGACGCCGCGCUCGACUUUAAAAACGUGUCCAUCGUGGCUAAUUAUAUUAAGGAACGCACGAAGAACGCCCAAUUCAUAAUAAUAUCGCUGCGGUACAACAUGUUCGAGAUGUCGAAUCGUCUCGUGGGUAUAUACAAGACAGAGGAUUGCACCAAAUCGGUCACGAUUGAGAAUAAAAUUCCGGAGCCGGCAACCAUUGAUGCUCAAGGAUAGACGGUUACUUAAGGCUUAAUGCCCUGAUGCGAACGGAUACCAGAAUAUACAGGGUCAUUUUGACACUGCGUUUGUAAUGAAACCACAUACUUAUCUACUUGGAAAUAACACUUUACAAUAAGUUACUUGAGCUGUAGAUGUAAAAUAAAAAAGUUUAAGUUUCGAACAAAAUAAAUAUUAAUAAAAACUACUACUACUCUAAGAGAAUUCGUUGCAGCGGCAACAUCAUACUUUCAGGCAGAUAUACACUCACGCACGCCAUAUUCGCUUUAAACUACAAAAUGAUCAAAAAAUCAGAAACUAAAACCAGGAUUUUUGGUGAAAAUAUUAGUAAUUAAUGGAUGACUUUUGGUACAAAGUCAGCAAAGGUGAAGACGAGUAUGUGGUUUCAUUUAGUAACGCAAUGUCAAAUUUACCCUGUAUAUUUUUGCUUAUAUAAUGGUAAUUGUGAUUCUUUAUUGUUGUAAAAACUAUUAGAGUUGCAGUGAAGAAAGUGAUCUUUAAUUAUUGUUUUAUUAAUGCGUGUAAAAUUGCUACUUGAUCCCAGAUAUCUAAAACAUAUUUUGUGUGCUUUAUUUUGUGAAAUUCGAUAAGGAUUUCCCGGCAUGUUGCUAAUUUUAAUAAAUAAGUAUGUACAUUACUUUAAAAUAAAUAAUGUUACUGUUU